UAAAAGUAAAAGUGAUUUUGUACAUUAAUUCUGUACAUCAGAUACGUAUACACAUGGCGUAAAGCGAACGUGACAUUGUAGGGACACCAUGAAGAUUCAGAAUGUACAAAAUUGUACAUUUUCGAAGUGGUAUACAACGUUCAAGGAUGUCACCAUAAAAAGUCGCAUCUUACCAAUCCCUGAUGAUUUCUUAGAAUAUCUUCUGGCAGAUGGGGUGGUACUACCAGAGGGUGCAUCACCCAAUUGCCCUGGUAACGAUAGUGACAAUGACAACACAGAGAAUGAGAUGACAGACUGGGAUAAAGAUGUACCUGAGUGUAAAGCCCCAACCUUUCCAGAGUUUGAAGAAGCAAUAAGGAGUAUCAUCAAGAGUAAAUUCAUGGGGGGAAAAGUUUUUCCAAAACUGAAUUGGAGUGCUCCAAAGGAUGCAACUUGGAUCUCAUUUGACAGAACUCUGAAGUGUACUUGCCCGAGUGAUGUUUACCUCCUUUUGAAGAGCUCUGAUUUCAUCACUAGGGAUCUAACUCAACCAUUCUUGCAUUGUGAGGACUAUAAUGAUGGUGAUAAGGUUCCUGUACAGUAUGAACUGGUUUUGCGUAGAUGGCAUACACUUGAGCCUGGCACUGAAUUCAGGUGCUUCGUAAAGGAAAAUCAACUUAUCGGCAUCACUCAGAGAGACUGUGGCAGCUGCUUUCCCCACAUCAACAAUGAAAAAUCCAGUAUCAUCGCAGACAUAUCUGCCUUCCACUAUCAUGUUAUUGGAGACAAAUUCCCUGACAGUUCAUAUGUAUUUGAUAUCUACAGGAAACAACAGGGGAAGGUCUAUCUCAUAGAUUUCAACCCAUUUGGAGUUGUAACCGACAGUCUGUUAUUUGAUUGGGAAGAACUGGAGUCAUAUACAUCUGAUACACAAUUGAAAAGCACUUCGGGAGAAUCAAGUCAGGUCCCAGCAUUCAGAUAUAUUGACAGUUCCACAGGGGUGCAACCUGAUCCAUAUUCACAGUAUGCAAUGCCUGUAGAUUUCAAAGACCUAACUUCAGGGGAAGAUGCCUACAAGCUUGUGGACUUUCUCAAAAUGAAAAUUCAAGGCCAAGAAAACGACAGCUCUAGUUCUGAUGAUGAACCAACAGUUGCCAUAGAAACUACCACAGUUACAAAUACAACAGAAUCACAUAGUAAAGACUUUAAACAGACAUCAACUUCAAAAAGCUAGCAUACUUUGUUCAUAUUGAUUUUAAUAAUCGGUUUUAAAAUGGCUAAGGAGUCAGCCUUGUCAGACUGUAUUUCUGUUUGUUAAACUAAUCUCCAACAGCGAGUUGAUAUUGAAAAUAUUGAUACUGGCAAUAUUUGUGAUUUUAUGUACAGUACAUGUACAGUAUAUUGAUACUGUAAAUCUAUUAAGAAUAUAAGCAACCCGAGUGUAUAAAUAAUUUAAACAUGUCAUAUUUUUAUCACAUCCAACUUUUUGUUGGACAAUGUUCCACAGUCAGCAUAUGUAACAAAUAGCAG